UUUAAAAAUAAAGUCUAAAGAUCUAGACUAUAAAAAAAUUAUUCUUUUCGCACUAAAGAUCUAACAUGGCGCAAGGAAAAUAUAAACCUUCUAAGAUUCAAGUUCCUGGCAAGAAGAAAGAGAAGAAAAACAAAAAUAAAGGGGUCCUUAAAAAAGGUCACAUACUAAUAGCUCCAAAGAAAGCCAAACUAGUGGAAGCAGCCAAGUUAAAAAAGGAUUUAGAAAAAGGAAUUAGAGCCUGCAUUGAAGAAGAACUUACAGCAAAAACUGUUUCAUUAGAGCCAAGAUCAUUAGCUAUGUUGAAAUCAUCUACAUCAAAGACAGCUUCAACUUCAUCUAAAAAGAAAUAGUUCUGAGAACAAUUUCAUUAAAUAUUGUUACAUUUGUUGUAUAAAUAAAAUAAAUUAUUGCUUUUAAUUAAUCUU